AUGAUCUUGUGUGGGGCGGGCAUACCAUCCUAUGUGGUUUUCUAUUCAAUGGAGGAUUUAAGUUGUAGAGAAAAAAUUUGUGAAGAACUCAAUGUGGGAAUGGAAAGGGAUGAAGAGUUGUUUGAAGUGAAGCGGUAUAAUAGAUUAGAGACAAGAACAGGUUGCAAAUUUAUGGUGCUUUUUAUAGUGGAUUGUGGAAUAUGGAAAAUUUCUCAUAUCAAUACUCAUCAUAACCAUGAACUUGCUAGACGAGAAGAAAGACAAUUUCUCAAAUCAGGACGUAGGGUGUCUAAUGAUCAAGCAAAUGACAUUAAUUCCAUGGUUAAUGUUGGUAUAAGACCAAAAAAAUCUUACUUUUAUUUAGCAAUUGAGGUUGGUGGAGCUGAAAACAUUGGAUUUACCAUAAAGGAUAUGAGAAAUUAUUUACAAAGAAUAAAAGGUGAAAUGAUUGAAGCGGGGGAUGGACAAACUUUGCUAAACCAUUUUAAGUUAAAGCAAAGUGAGAAUCCUAACUUUUUCUACUCAAUGCAAUACAAUUUGACAUGUGCUCCAUUUAUUGGAGUUAACCAUCCUAGGAAAAAUGUUUUAUUGGGUUGUGCAUUUUUAUUAGAUGAGACCACGGAAUCAUUUAUUUGGUUGUUCGAGUCAUUUAAGGAGUCCAUGGGAAAUGGACAACUGAAAACUAUUUUCAUAGAUGAGGACAAAGCAAUGGCAAAUGCAAUUGAAGUAGUUUUUCCACAUAUGCAACAUCGAUUGUGCACUUGGCAUAUUGCUAAGAAUGCUACACAUCAUUCUAGUAGCUAUUAUGCAAAUCCAGAGUUCAAAAGCCAGUUCAAUAAAUGUUUCCAUUUGUGUUAUAGUAAAGAAGAAUUUCAAGUUUCUUGGGAUGAUAUGAUUAAACAGUUUGACCUCGGGAGUCACUCAUGGCUAAAGAAAUUGUAUUCACUGUGA